CCGGCUUCACGAAAAAGACUAGUUAUCUCAAGUGACGUUAUCGCACAUACAUGCAUAUUGGAGCUGUAUCGUUAACACUGAGGUUAAAAGAAAGAGGCAAAGAGUGGGGCCAACGAUUUCCGAGCAUGUCUGACGUCUGACAACGCGACAACAGUCCAUUUCGUAUCGGAAUGAACGGAGAUAAUGCCGCCAUUACGGGUACCUCGAUAAUUGAUUUCGUCGGUAGUUUGUUUGCCAGAGAGUGCUUGACAAGUGGCUUGCUACCACAAAAUCUAUUCUUUUCGAUAAAAACAACGACCGACGCGUGCAUUUUGAAAUAUAUACAGAAAAUAUCACAUUAUAUUUACGAUACGCUUUGUUAUAAAAUACGCAGUGCGGUUUGCAGUAGUGACGUAGAUUCAGUGAAAAUACUGGUGUUACUGUUCAAAUUAAAUACGGGAAUAUUAUACAAAAAGGAAUAUCGUGAACAUUGUUCACCAAUUCUCUGCUUUUUCAUUCCUUUCCUCAUUUUGCUAAUUCUUGCGAAUGAGCGCUCUCCACGAUUCCACCUCCAGGUGUGUCGUCCUUCGACAGCCGUGUGGCGUCAUCGCUGAAGCCAGUCUGACUAGUCUAACAGUGUCGUAGGAUCAACAAAGAUAACUGAUAGUGGCCAGUUGAAUCGAGUCUUGUGUUGUUUGGAUUGUACUUUGUUCCUGCGGAUCAGUGCAUUCUUCAACAGUAGGUGGAGUCAACGAAGUGUGCCGAAUACUGUCGGCGACUAGUUUGAAUGAAGUUUUCCUUUCCGGGAAAACAUUUUCCAUGGUGACGGCAUCAUGUCGUCAUAGAUUGUUGGUGGAUUUAGUGUUGGCAAAGUGACCGCCGCCAGCACAAAAGAUGAUUUGUGCGAGCGCAUUGGUAUGGUGACAUUGGUACAACAGCAGCAGCCAACGCUCGACGGUCAUCAGUGUCAAAAAGAUCAGGACCACGUGAAUGAUGGUACUGUUGUGUCUGCUGAGAAUCACGCGGUCGACAAGUUUCACGGUGAAGCUGCGCACUCGGCGAGAGAAACCGCGGUCGUCGCUCCGGGCAAUGGUAGCGUUGGAGAUUCCUCUACGCAGUGCAGUGACGUAGACGACGAUGAGGAAGAGGAGACGGACGUCGAAGAAGGCGGCAGCUGGAUCACGAAUCUGCCGGUAUCCUCGACUAUCGUCCAGCAACAUCAAGCGGUUGCCACUACAAAUGGCGAUGUCGUCCUACCAAACGCCGAUCCGUCGAAUUUUGGUGACGUUUGUGUGAAAAACUCAACGAAUGUGCAUCUAGGUAACAAGACCUUUUACAAGGGUCCGGUUACCAUAAAGCAGUUCGUUUACACGAAUCCCACUCCCAUCCAGGAUGCGGGUAAACUCGACGCCAACGGCUCCUCCGACGUUAGCAUCUCGGAUUUGUCGACGAAUAAGGAUAAUAGAGCCGCCAACGGACCCAUUUUUCCGCAAAAUACUGAAUUAUCUAAGGUGACGCAAUGGCUUUGGACGUGGAGAUGUGCGGCUUUAUCAUGCGUUCUAGCUUUAAUACUUCUAACUACUAUAGUGGUCACAUCUGUAUAUUUCAUUCAUCACCCGGACGCACCAGUCUUCCCGGAAAUUCCAGAUUCAUCAGUCGAGGGUGUAACUUCGGUACGCUUUGUCGAGAGAAAUGAAUGGGGUGCGCAGCCGCCCUCGGAUCCCCUUAAAAAAAUGAAGCUGCCAGUACCAUAUGUAAUUAUUAGUCACACCGCAACGGAGUUCUGUAGCACGCAAUCAGAGUGUACAUUUCACGUGAGAUUUGCUCAGACUUUUCAUAUAGAAUCUAGAAAGUGGUCAGAUAUCGCCUACAAUUUUCUUGUCGGAGGCGACGGUCUCGCAUACGUUGGUAGAAGCUGGGACUAUGUUGGUGCUCAUGCCUUCAAUUUCAACAACAAGAGUAUCGGUAUUUCCUUUAUUGGUACAUUCAAUUCGAUCGUACCACCGAAAACGCAAUUACACGCUGCGCAAAAAAUCAUAGAGAUUGGCGUCAAAGCCGGGAAAAUUUCGCCAGAUUAUAAACUGCUAGGUCACCGACAAGUGUCAAAAACUUUGAGUCCAGGAGAUGCAUUAUAUAAUGAAAUUAAAAAGUGGCCUCAUUGGUCACCUCAGCCUUAACUCGAUUGUUUGGAAGUUUAAAUUGUGAAUAAAAUACAAUUUUUGAAAAUAUUUACAUUAUUAUCUUUUUAAUAUGUAGUUAUUCAUUUGUCUAUUUUUUUCAGCUAAACUUCUUACAUCAGUUUUCCUUCUUUUUUUUAUGAAAAGAAAACAUCGUGCAAAGUUCAGCUGAAAAAAAUAGACCAUAAUAAUUCCGAGUUUAGAUAACAGUUGACUGAAAAUAUUUACGAGCCUACUACUUAUACUGUCACAAACUGCUCCAAAAGUAAAUCUUUUUGAAACAAUUCAGUCUUUACAGACUUGUAGUAUAAAUAAGUUCAAUUAUUAGAGUGUGUGCCAAUUAAUGAAAGAAAAGAAAUGUAUACUGAAGAUACAAAAAACAUUGCACUGA